AGGCGGUGUGAGCGUACGUCGUUCUUGCGGGUCCUUCGCGACCUGCUCGUUGCUACGCUAGCGGACACUGUCGCCUACAAGGUUUGAGUUUGAAAACCUACGAGACUGUGCUGGUGUGUUUACUUGGUAUUCCGAAUACUCGUUUUAUCGUUUUUUAACGAAUGUGUAGACAAUUACCCUGGAUGGUGGAUUUUUGAAGAACUGUGGAUAAUUCGCAAAUUUUCCAAAGGUCGAAGAAAAGAAAUUGACUUUUAUUCCGAACUGGAUCUGGCGAGUGCCUUUACACUAGACAGCGAAACAGCAGACAUUACAUACCCCAAAACCUGCACCAACAGAGCACAUCACACCCCAAGCUAAUCACACCCUCCAGCUGCCACACCCACUAGCCGAAGGACACCGUCAUCGCCCCCGGCUGGAGGAAUUACUGGAAGAUGCGCUGAGGACCGCGUGACUCCUGGAUUGGUCGGUCCCAGCUGCUGGAAACGGCGAGAGGAUUUUGCUGCUUUGUAUUGUAAAGAAGCAACUUGUAAGAGGAUUAGACGUGUUAUGGAUUGGUCAGGAGGAGAUCACAUUUGCUGAGCUAUCUCCCACGCUGACAGAGGACUCUCGCUGCUGUCACACGUCCCGAGCCUCUUCUCUCUCAUCAUACAAAAUGAAUCAGCUGUGCAAAGUGUGCGGCGAGCCAGCUGCCGGCUUCCACUUCGGCGCCUUCACCUGCGAGGGAUGCAAGUCGUUCUUCGGCCGGACGUACAACAACCUGUCGCAGGUGCACGAGUGCAAGAACGGCGGCCAGUGCGUCAUCAACAAGCAGAACAGGACGUCGUGCAAGGCCUGCAGACUCCGCAAGUGCCUUGUGGUCGGCAUGUCCAAGAGUGGAUCAAGGUAUGGCCGGCGCUCGAACUGGUUCAAGAUCCACUGCCUGCUGCAGGAGCAGGCAGCGCAGAUCAACAACGGCCUGGACGGCGGCGGCGGCGGCUCGUUCCCCGGCGCCGUGGCCGGCUCGCUGUCCCUCAGCCCAGCCUCCAUGCCGGCGCUCUCGCCCGCCAAGUCCGAGGACGAAGCCAAGGGGGAGUCGCCCGCGCUGUCCUCGCCCGAGAGCUGCCUCUCCGAGACCAGCAUCGACGUCGAGCCGCGGCGGACGUCGUCCCCGAAGGACAUGAGCGUGGGGGAGGGCGGCGGGCGGGGGCCGGAGCGCUUCGGCGAGGGCGGCCGCCGCGACCUGGCGGGCGCCGCCGGCCUGUCGCUGUACGGCCUGCACCCCGGCCUGUCGCUCCUGCACGCCUCGCACCUCUACUCGCGCCUGUACCCGCCCAUGCUGUACUCCGGCAUCCCGCCCUCGCUGCUCGUGCCGCCCGGCGUGCCCAGAUCACAGCCACCGUCGAGCCCGCCCAAGGAGGCCUCGGCCAACAGCCCCCGCAUGUGCAGCCCACACGCUCUCAGCCCGCGCCACCACAGCCCCCGCCCGCACAGCCCUCCGCGCCCGCUGACUCCCCCCGUGCGCCCGAUGAGCGACUACCGGAGCCCUCUCGCCCCGCCCUUGGCGCUGCACCUCGGCUUCCCCUUCGCCAGGAAGCGCGUGGCAGACUCACCCGUGGAGGAGAUGCGGGCGGCCAGCCUCAGCCCGCAGGCGUGGGAGGCCACCCCCGCCCCCGAGCAGGAUGCGCCCAUUGACCUGAGCGUCAAGCGCCCGCGCCUCUUAGCACCCUCGCCAGGCACGCCUACGCCUGUGUCGCCGCCCGUGUCACCCGUGCUCACGGCCGUGCCCACCACCACCGCCCCCGUCGACCUCACCACCAAGGCGUGAGCGACCCGCCCGCCCGGCCCGCCCUCCACCGCCCUCUGUACAUACCGCCAGCAAGGUACAAAUCGUUGCUCUGAGACUCCCCCUCAAGCGCUCUCCCUCGCCCGCCGCGGCGCCGGACCUCUGGCCGGCCGCGCCGAAUCCUGGUCUGGAACACACUUGGUCUGCUGCCGGGCCAUAGCUGGGUCGCAUAUGGCCCGCGAUUGAGGCACGUCUUGUUCGUGUAUGGGCCAUGUUUGGUUAGUGGUUAAGCCACACCCAGGCCACAGCUGGCUGUAGACGAGUCCCUCCCGGUCCCAUGGCCACAGUCGUGCCCUGGGUCAGACCCGGUCCGCACUGGGCCGGAGGUGGGCCUCGGCUGCAGUUCGGUUAGGGCCGCCACACUCUCCUCGCAGAAGCUGCUUCCAGGGCGUUUCUGUUCGACAAGUAUUCCCGGCGGCGGAGCCCGCGGUGCCCUGCGCGCGGCGUCCCCGCCUCCGUCACCCACAUAUCAGGAGCGCUAAAGGAUGGCAAGGUAGGCGGGCUUGUGAACGGAACGAUAGCUCACAAGCCUGCCAGUGAUAAGCUGAUUAUAGUUCAAACCUGAUCCUUUGCAGUGUUCAGCGCUGACGAGUUGGUCUCCUAGUCCUACUCACGGUAGUAACGUUCGUCUUCGUGAAGUCCGGUCGUUUCGGCGCAAAGGAGCUGAAGAAACUAGAAAGGUGAAGAACUUGUAGUUUCUAAGGAUUCUUCAUCACACUGGACUAUGGAUAUCUAAAAUUAGCUUUCCCUUCAUAGUCAGAAAUCACUUUAGUCACUUCAGUGAGAAGGUAGAAUGAAGAGAAGUAUUGGUAAUUAGAUAUGCGGACCGUAUUAUGUCUGAUUAAAACGAAUCAAUCUGAUGAUUAAAAAUGUAAGUAUUCUACCUUUCUAGAAUCCGUCCUCUAAAGCGAUGAGUCAGAAUUAGAUCUAUAAGAAAAGAAGAAACUAAUUUAAUUCUUAAGUUGUCCCUCGAUAAGAUUGACUUUCCCCGUGUUCAGAAAGGGAAAGUGAGCCUUCUCGACGCAAGGCUCGAGGCUCCAUCAGGAUGUGUACAUAAGAUAUCUAAGUUGUCUUUUUUCAUAAUAGAUUGUUUUAUCCCGAGUGAAUAUUUUAUCUUAGUAGAGAAUUGUUUACUAUUUAUGUGUGUAAAUGUGUAUGUGUAUAUAACCUUGUACAUACUGCAAAGGCCAGUUAUUGUGAAUCGCUUGUGUCCUAAUAAAUAGAUUAUUGAGA